AUGUACAUACUUCAGAAAACCUUAACUGUCCAAAGAUGUUGCAUGCGCAUACGCCAUUUCACGUUCCGAAAUGUUUCUAACAGUGGAAAGCGGCCUGCACCACAUAAGAUUCCAUUGGCUGGCGUGAAGAACAUUAUCUUGGUUACCAGUGCCAAAGGCGGAGUUGGAAAGUCAACUGUAUCAGUGAAUCUAGCUGUUGCGAUGAAAGAACUGUUACCGACAGAAUCUAUUGGUUUACUGGAUGCUGAUGUUUUCGGCCCCUCGAUUCCAAAAAUGGUGGGCUUGGAAGGAUUCCAGCCGGAAGUCGAUGAUAAAAAGCGAAUUAUCCCCUUACUUAGCUUCGGAAUCAAAUGUAUGUCUAUGGGUUCACUUGUUGGGUCGAACUCAGCUGUUGUGUGGCGUGGUUUAAUGGUAAUGUCAGCCAUUCAGCAAUUAUUGCGCCAGGUCAGUUGGGGUCCACUUCACACGUUGAUAGUCGACAUGCCGCCGGGCACUGGUGACGUCCAGCUAUCUGUCUGUCAGAACGUGCCUGUCCAGGGAGCAAUUAUCGUGACCACUCCUCAAGCCGUUGCUCUGUCUGAUGUUCGUCGGGGUAUUGAAAUGCUAAACAAAGUACAGGUGAGACAUUUUUUGACGCGAGUGCGUUGGUGCAUUGGUCGGUUUCAAGAGUUUCAAGUGCGAUGUGCUCAGAUUCCAAUAUUUGGAGAAGGCCACUGUGUCAUAGCUCCACAAGUCAAGUGCCGAGUUAAGAAAUUGUGUAUGACAUACGUGAAGCAGAAACCGGGUAACUCAUAA